AUGGCGCCGCAGAAAGACAGGAAGCCUAAGAAGUCAAGCUGGAGGUUUCAUUUGGAUCAUCCAGCAGAAGAUGGAAUUUUUGAUUCUGGAAAUUUUGAACAGUUUCUACGGGAGAAGGUUAAAGUCAAUGGAAAAACUGGAAAUCUUGGAAAUGUUGUUCACAUUGAACGCCUGAAGAAUAAAAUCACAGUUGUUUCUGAGAAACAGUUCUCAAAAAGGUAUUUGAAAUAUCUUACCAAGAAAUACCUUAAGAAGAAUAAUCUCCGUGAUUGGCUUCGUGUGGUCGCAUCUGACAAGGAGACUUACGAACUUCGUUACUUCCAAAUUAGUCAAGACGAAGAUGGUUCAGAGUCUGAGGACUAAUUGGCCUUUGCUUUUAAUAAAAUGGAAAUAUGCUAAAGAAACCUAAAAUCAGACUUGUUGAGCAAAUAGAAAUCAUUUUACUCU